AUGAUUAAAAAUAUAUUAAACCAAUUUAUUAAAUUGUUUGGACAAGAAUAUUUAGGAGAAUGGGAUCCUAUAAAAAAUUUGACUGUCAAUUCGGUUACAUCUCCGGAGGUUCUGUUGACAAAUGUACCGUUUCCGGAAAAACUUUUUGAAUUAGCAGAAUUACCUUUUGAGAUAAUUUAUUCGAAUAUAAAAAAUUUGCGAAUAAAAUUUUUAUGGUCAUCUAUUUUCUCAAAUAAUAUUAGCCCUAUUAAUAUUUAUGCAGAUGAUUGUUUUAUAGUUAUAAAAUAUUCUUAUCCGAGUUUAUGGGAUACAAACAAAAUUAUAAAUCACCAAUAUAAACAAAAAAUAAAAAAAUUGCAAAAAUGGGACAUUAUAAAUAUAUUAAAAGAAAAAAAAGAAGACAGCUUUCUAAAAUCGCUACCUGUAAAAUUAGUUAACUCAUUAAGAAUAUUAGUGGAAAAUAUUCGAAUAGUAUUUUUUGAUAAUUAUAUACAUAAAAAUCCAUUUACUUUGGAAGUUUUUAUUAAAAGUUUUAAAAUUGAUGAAUUAAAUAAAUACAAAGUAAAACUAACUGAAGAAGAAAAAAAAAAUAUCAAAAAAAACUUAUUAAUAAAUAUAUGGAUAAGAUUAAUAGGAUUACAAAUCAUUUUUAAGGAAUACAAAAAAUCAAUUAGGUAUAGAAAACAACGGAAAAAGACAAAUCAAAAUAAUUCACAUAAUACGAAAAUUACCAAAGGGAAGAUUAAAGAUGAGCUUUUUUUAACGGCAAAUGAAGACAAAAUAGAUGAGAGUACAGAUUCAGUUAGAAAUUCAGUGACAUCUAAAUUGAAAAGAAAAAAAACGAAUUUAAUUGACGAGGAUGGAAUGGUUAAAUACCUCUCCUUUAGUGACUAUGAUAUUGAUGAUAGGAUAAAAGAAGGGUAUAUUAAAAAAAAAGUGAAAAAAAAAAAAUAUAAUUUCAAUAAUUAUAAUAAAAAAGAGGAUGAAAAUGGGGAAAAUAUCAAUAAAGAAUUUGAAAUAAAGAAAAAAAUAUUAUCUAAAAUAUUAGAUGAAAAGCAAAAAAAACGUAAAUUAAAGAAAGCAAAUUAUAAUUUUGAAAUUCCCAAACAUAAUUCAGGUUUUCGAAUUACACCAAAUGAUGGAUUAGAUUUACAUGUUAUAUUUAAAAAAUAUGAUAUAAAAUCUUUAAAUGAAUUAAAUGAUGAUUUAAAAUAUUUUAAAAAUGUAGAAUUAUCAUUUUUAAAUCACAACAAAGAUAGCAAUAAAAAUAAUGAUAAUUAUGAUUAUAAAAAUGAUGAUGAAUAUAUUAACCAAUCACUUUUUUGUUAUAAUUGUACAUCUAAUAAUACUAAUAUUAAUACAGACAUUGAUAAUAAUGUAAAUACUUUACUUUCUAAUAAUAAUGUUGACACAAACAAAUAUUAUAACAAAUAUAAUUAUCGAGAUAAAUCGGAUUCAUUAGACUAUGACAAAAUAAUGGAACUAAAUUUUAAGAAUGAUACUCCACCAAUGUUUAGUAAUAUUAAUAAUCAUAAAAGCUUAGACAUAUGUUUUACUACAUCUUCUUUAGAUGCAUUUUAUAAUUUUAUAAAAUAUAUAGAAUUAUGGUUUUUGUAUAAAGGUGGGUGUACAAAAGUUUUGAACAUUGUUCCAUCAAUAGAUGAUUGUAUAAAAUAUUCAGAAUAUCUAAAAAUACGAAAUAAUAAGAAUUACAAACAUGAUGAAUAUAUUGAAAAAUUUAUUGAAAAAUUUGAAGGGUCGUGCCCUAUACAUUUAUUAAUAAAAUUGAAAGUUUUAUCAGCUGAUUGUAUAUAUGAUAAUGAAUAUUUUAAUAAUAAUGAAAAAUUUGGAAAAAGAGAAUGGAAGAAAUUAUUAUAUAAUUUUAUAAAAAAUAAAAAAGUAAAUUCAUCUGUAACUGAUGAGAAUUUAGAAAAAUUGGGGAAAUGGUUUUCUCAUGAUAUGCUAUUUAAUUUAGUUAUACCAAAAAUAAAUUUUACAUAUGUUCCAAUAAAAUUUAAUCAUUUUAACGAUUCUAAAAUCAAAUUAAAUAAAUGUUUAUUAUCCUAUAAUAUAAAUUGUUCAUUUUUAAUGAAACAAGAAAAAUUGUCUACAUUAAAAAAAAAGUUAACUUUUUAUUUACACAAUUUAAACAUACAAUCUUUAUUUUCAUUUAUUGCAAAAGCAUCGACAAAAAAUAAAAAUUUUAUUAGUAAUAAAAAAAAAAAGUACAAUUUUUUUUUUAUUAAAAAGUUACCUAUUAUUAAUUAUUGUUUAUAUAAUGAGCCAACUUAUAGUUACUCGAAUUUUUACAGUGUCUAUAAUGAUUAUGUAAAAAAAAACCCCAGUAUUGAUAAUAAUAGUAGCAAUGAUAUAUUGUUUCCAUAUAAUAAAUAUAUAAAAAAUGGGGAAAUAGUGAAUGAAAAAAAUAUAGAAUAUAUGAUGAAUUUUAUAGGUAAAGAAUAUGUACAUAAUGACGCUAAAAAAUUUUAUAAUAACAAUUAUAUAGAUGGUAAUAUUAUAAAAAAUGAUGAAAAAAAUCAUCAUAGUAUUAUAAAGAAUAAUAUAAUCCCGGAUAAAGAUAUAUUUAUGGAUAAUGAAUUUCGAGCCAUUGAUAAUUUGUUUGAUGAAAAUGAUAAUCAAAACAAUGCUGAAACAAUAGAUUUAAUUUCAAGUUCGUCAUUAGAUACUAUACAUGAAUUAAAUAAAAAUAAGUGUAUAGGAAAUAUUACAAAAUGUUCUAUGUGUAAUAAUUUGGAAAAUCAAGAAAAUUAUUUGCAAAGUAUUGAUGGAUCUGAAAAUUUAGAAAAUAAUGGUGUAGAAAGCAUGAAAAGGUUUGGAAUGGAAAAUUUGGAUGUAGCGAAAGAUCAAGAGAUUGUAAAAAGUUCGAGCAAAUAUUUUCCGUCUAUAAAUGGUAAUAUUCAAAGAAACAGUCAGAAUAAUAAUAAUGAUGGAAAUGAUAAAGAACAUAAUGAAAAUGGGAAAAGAAGUUUUUGGAAAUUUAUUUUACGAAAUCAUAGCAAAAUGAAAAAAACAAACUGUGAACACAUCAAAGAUAAAAAUGAAGAUAUAAUCGAUGAUAGAGAUUUUGAUCGAAUUAUUAAUAAUGAGGUUUUUUUAAUUCCUAAUACAACUAUUAUCACAUUAAAAGAUUAUAGUAAUAAUAUAAGAGAGAUAGAUAUACAUAUUUGUAAAUAUGUGAUAAACUUAAAUAAUUUAUUACCAAUUUUUAAUUUUAUUCCUAUUAGUAAUAUAUGUUUAGAACUUUUUUUGAAAUAUGAUAAUUACAUUGAUAAAGAUGUGAUCGAAACAAUUUGUCUAUGUAUAAGUAGUAGUACUAAUAAGAAGAAAAUUAUUCGAGCCUUUUAUAAUGAGAUGAAAUUAUAUUAUAUACACAACUCUUAUAUUCAAAAUGAAAUAGUUAUUUUAAAAAAAUAUAUAAAAAAAGCUAAAAAAAAAAAAAAAUUUACUAAAACUUAUAGUCAGGAAAAUUUUAUUGAGCAUGAUGAUAUUGUUGACCCAUUUAAAUCUAUAGAUGAAAAAAAUGAAAUUUCGGUUUCAAAAAGCAAAACAAAAGAAAAAGAAAAAGAAAAAGAACAUAAGAAAGGGAAAUAUUCAGAAAUGUUUUCACUUCGCAAAUUACAUAGUUUGAAUAUAUUGGAAAAUGGGGAUAACAAUAAUAUAUAUUAUGAAGAGAAGGAUGUUAAUAAUCAGAGAAAGAAUAUAAAUUCUUAUAGUCAUCAUAAAUCAUAUAAUUUAAAUGAAUAUGAACAUUAUGAAAAUCUCAAUUUGAAUACUAUGGAAUGUAAUAACAUAAAUAAUAAUGACAAUGAAUAUAAUAGGCAUAUAAAUAAAAAUAUUUGUGAUAUUGAAAAUAAUGAAAAAAGAGAUAUAAUGAAUAUAAAUAAUUUAAUUUUUAAUAAUUUGUUUGUACCUCAAAAGAAUUUGUAUCAUACAAAAAUAAAUAAUACUUUUUGUUAUUUAAAAAAAAAUGAUUUCCUUUAUUCUAUCAAAAAUAAUUAUUAUAAAUUUUUAAAAAAAUAUGUUGAAUAUAAUAAAAAUCAUAUAAAAAAUAAAAAUAUAUUAUCCAUUGGAAUGUUUUUAAAUAUAAAGAAUUUUUUUGUCUUUUAUAAUAAGGAAGAUUCUUUAGUAUAUUUGCAAGCAAAUUAUAUUUAUGCUGAGCAUAUUUUUCAUUUGUCUUUUUUUAAUAAAAAAAAUUGUUGUAUUAAUAAGGAUGAUGUAGAUUAUAUUACUAAUCAAAAUAGUAACCAAUUUGAAAAUAAGACACAAACAAGUUCUAUUGAAAAUAUUAACAACACAGUUGAUAUUAAUGGAAGUCACAACAAUUACGAUUAUAAAGAUGAAGGUUAUUUAUCUAGAGAAUAUAAAUGUUUAAAAAAUUUUCAAGAUAAAAAAAAAAAUAAUAAAUCUAUGUUUAUUUGCAUAAAAUCAUUAAAAAUAAAAAAAAAUUCUAAUGUUGUAUCUUUAAAAAUGAAUAGUAUUGAUUUUAACAUAAAUGAGAUAUGCGUUUCUUUAUUAAGCAUAUACAAAAAUAUUAUUUCAUUUGAAUAUUUUGAAAUGAUUAAAUUAAGAAUUCAAAUAAAUCAGCGAAUAAGACAUUUUUUAAUAGUAGAAAAUAAGAAUACGAAUCAUCUAUCUAUGUAUAAUAUAACAAAUGAUUUAUUAUACAAUGUUUUGAAUAAACAUGUUUUUAAUAAUAAUAUAAAUGAAGAGAGUGAAAUAAAAAGUAGCAAGAUAGAAAAUGCUGAAAAUGUUGAAAAUAAUGAAAGUUUACCAAAUAAAGAAACAGUUAUUCAAUUAAAUAAAAAUUAUGAAAAAUAUUUAAAAAAUCUAAUUAUAAAAAUAUUAGACAAUGAAAAAACAUUAUAUAGUAAGGAAGAUUUUGAAAAAAUAUUUUAUAUGAUAUUGAGUAAAAAAAAUCAAAAAAUACGUAAUAUCAAAAAUGGAGGCGGUCAAAAUGAGGGCGGUCAAAAUGGAGACGGUCAAAAUGAAAGCGGUCAAAAUGAAAGCGGUCAAAAUGAUAAAAAUAGUGAAAAAAUAAAGAUUUUUAACAAUAACAUAGGAAAUUUAAAUUCUUCAAGUAGUAACAUUGACAUUAUAGAAUAUUUAUAUUCAAAUAACAAAAAGGACAAAGAAAAUAAAACAAGUAAUAGAUUUGUAUUGAAGAAUUUACGAACAUCUAGAUCUCUUGAAAUAGGAGAAGAAUGUCAUACUAUAAAUAAAAGGAAUUCAAAUUUAAGUAGUAAUUAUUAUGAAAAUAUCGAAGACUCAUAUAAUAAUUCAGCUUAUUUCCACACAGGUACAGACAAAUCUUCUUAUUAUUCACAUAGUGGUAGUGAUGAUUAUAAAAAUAUCGGUCAUAAUUUUGAAGAAUUAAAUGAAGAAAAAAUAAAAGCACCGCUAAACAAUUAUUAUGAUAAGAAAUCUAAAUAUCUAAAUUUAAGAGAUUUGUUUAAUUUUGAUCAAAAUAAUAAUGAGAAUACUGAAUUAGUUGAUGGUGAAAAUUCGAUUAUUUCACAAAACAUACCAAAACUAAGUAUAUCUCAAAUCGGUCCUGAAAAAAAUGACAAAAUCGAAGAGGAGACAAAAGAAAACGAACAUAAUAAAAAACAAUCAUUAUUUUUAUUUUUAUUAAUAAAAAAAAUAAAUGUCUCUAUUCCUAAUAAAAAUGAAGGAAUGUUUCAAAUAACAUGCAAUGAAUUAUUGAGCGAAAUUUCACGAACAUGCACAGAAAUAAAUAUAUCAAUGAAAAUGACUUCAUUGUAUUUAUUUUAUUUAAAAAAUAUUUUGAACGUAAAAAACGAAUCAAACAUGUUAUGCAAGUUUGAUGAAGGAGUCGAUAGUAAAAAAUGUGUAGAGACAGAAUCAUAUAUAGAAAGAAAAACAUUAAAUCAAAAUAUAUGUAAAAAAUAUGUUAUUCUCACAGAUACAAUAUGUAACAUAUUAUGUGUAUCUGAAUCUAGAUUAAAAAACAUGAACAAAGAAGAGAGAAAUAAAAUAAAGAAAGAUAUACUUAAUAAAUAUGUAUGUAUUUUAAAAAAAAAAAAAUUUAAAUUGUAUAUUGAUUAUGAGAAGAGAAAAGGAAAAAAUACUAAUAAUACAUAUACUAACGAUAAAAAAAAUAAAAUAAACUUGAAACCUCAGAUACAUUUAGAUAUACAUAUAAAUAAAGAAAAUAAUCAAAAAGUGAUAAAAUUAUCUUUAAAUAAUUUUAAUUUUUUUUAUAGUUCAACAUUAUUUGUUUUGUUGUAUGAUGUAAUGAUGAAUUUAUUUUUAUGUCAUUUACAAGAAAGAGAAAAAAUGGACAUACUUAUUUAUAAAUAUGGUUCUAUUAUAAAAAAUAAUUUUUAUUCCUAUAUAAUAUCAUCUAAAAAAAAUAUAAAAAUUUCUGAAAGUUUUAAUACGAAAGGCCAUUUACAACCGUAUUUAGAUACAAUAGGAAAAGGACAUUUCGAAAAUAUUCAAUGUCUUGAAAAAUGGCUUAGUAGUCAAUCUAUUAUUGACAACUUAUGUUCUUACAAUAGCAGUAGUGAACAAAUUAAUGACAUGACAUAUUCAGAUAAUGUAGAAUAUCGGAAUGUUAGUUCUUUAUACAACUUAACUAAAAAUCGAGAUUCAAAUGGAAGUUUAAUGGAUAAUACUUUUUAUUAUGAUUUACCAGAUAAUAAAAAAAAUAUACAUAAAAAAAUAAAUUUUUAUAAUUUUGAUAAUGUUGAUAAUGUUGACAAUAUUGAUAAUAUUGAUAAAAAAAAUGAAGAAGAGAAUAACGCACUAGAGGAAGAAGGAUGCUUAAGUGACGAUUUGGAUAAACUUGAAAAUGGAAAUGUGAAAAAUGGUUUAUAUAAUCAGUUAUAUUAUUUAGAAAGUGGGGAAAAUAAAAUGGAAAGACAAAAUGAUACCCUAAUGAAUAUGCAUAUUAAUAAAAAGUUUAUAGAAGAAAAUAAAAUUCAAGAUUCAUGCAAUAAUAUGAAUAAAUCUGAAUCAAAUGGGAAUGGAAAAGAAAAUACAAAUUCGAUUGACUUGAAUACUAUUGAUAGUUGUAUAAUAAAUUCAGUAAAAUAUAAUUCUGUUAAUAGCAAUUUUGAUGGUGAAGAAAAUAAUAGUUCAUUCGAAUAUAAUUAUCAAUUAGAUAAUGAGAAAAAUAUAAACAAAGAUAAAAAGGAUGGAAAUAAAAACUAUUGUAGAAAUCGAAAAUGCUUAGAUGAGAUAUUUCAUGAAAACUUAAGAAAUAAUAAUACUAUUUUAGGAAUGAAAAGAAAUAAUACAUUAAAAGGAUAUUAUAAAAGGAAUGAAAUUGAUAAUGAAAUAUCUCAUAAAAAUGAAAAAAAUUCGGAUACACUUAAAAAAUACGUGGAUAGAUACAUAAAUUCUUAUAAUAAUAAUAUAUUUGAUCAAGACAAAACAAAUAGUCAUUUUGAAGAUAAUAAGAACAAAUCCGGAAAUGUGAAAUUACUUGUAUGCUCAGAAAAUGUAAAUAUUUGCUAUCUUAUUAAUUUUUAUAGGUUCAAAUAUAUUUACAAAAAAAAAUAUAAACUUGGUGCAUAUAUGGAUGAGUAUGUAAAUAUGGUAGAUAGUUGUUCUAAUUAUUGCAAAAAAAAGACACAAAAAAAUAAAAAUGGAAAAUCAAAUGAAGAAGAAAAUAAUGAUUGUGAUGGAAAUAAUUUUGAUCACAUUGCAAUAAUGAAUAAAGAUUUGUAUAAUUUAAAUUUUAACUUUUUAUUCAAAUUUGAUUACACAUUUGUUGAAAAAAAGAAGAAAGAAAUUAAAGUGUUUUUUCCAUUUUUAUAUAUUUUAUUUAUGAAAAAUUUUAAUUAUAUAAUUUCACAUUUAACAAUAGUAGAUGUAAAAAUGAAUUCAGAAUUUGAAUGUAUAGUACAUAAGGAGAAAAUUAAAAAACCAAAAAUAAAUGAUAAACAGAAUAAGCUAGAUUAUGAUGAAAAUAGUGGAAAAAAACAAUCUGAGAAAAAAGAAGAAGAUAGGAAUAAUUUUGAUAAUUCUGCUAGUAUUUAUACAUUUGAAGAUCAAAACUCAUUUUUGGAAAGUUUGUGUGAUAAAAAUGAUUUGAAUGAUAGUACAAAAAUAAACAAUAAAUAUUAUUAUGGAGAAGAAAAUAUGGCUAUAAAUAAUUUUGGUAAUACGAAAGAUAUAGCAGAAAAAUAUAAUAAUAACAAAUUAAAUGAUUCAAUAAUUUAUAAAAGAGGAAAUAAAAGAUCACGUACCCUUAAUUUUCCAAUGAAACAAAAUUACACAAAUAGAAACAACACUAAUAAUAAAUCCAUUAAUAAUAAUAUGUCUAUUUAUAGACAAUACUCACGAUAUAGAAAUAAUACAUUAAAUUUGGUAUAUAGACAUAACAAUAUUGACAAUAUGAUAGAUGUCAUGCCACAUAACACAGAAACUAGAGAUAUAAAUAGUGAAAUAGAACAAAAUAAUAUGAAUAUUUUAAAAAAUCAAAAGAUACAUACCGAUUCUUUACAUAAUGAUUCUAAUUUAAAAAAAACAAAAUCUUACAUAAGUCGCUUAUUUAAUUAUAGCACUAAAAAUUCUGUAAUUGGUAAUGAUGAAAUGAAAUAUGAAAAUGAUCAGAAUAAUAACAUGACAAACAAUGCUAAUAUAAAUAUAUCACAUAAAAAUAAAAUAAUGAACCGUUUUAAUUCGGUAAUAAAUUUUAUGAGUAAAACUAAUAAUUCAUUAAAAUAUCUAAAUAAAAAAAAUAGAAAAAACUCUUUAAAUAUUCAUAAUUUUAAUUCGGUUCAAUAUAAAAAAGAUAAUGAUAAAACUAAAAUACCCAAUUUAGAUAAUCAAAUCGAUACUAUAAGUUUUAUGAAUAUUCAUGAUGAUGAAAAACGAAUCGAUAUAAAAAGUGAUCAAAAAGAAUCAAUAUGUUUCGAUUCAAUUAGAUCUAAUUCUUAUACAGGUAUAAAUAGAGAUGUUAGAUUUUCUCCUUAUGAAGAAUAUGACAGAUAUAAGACGAUUUCACAAAAUAAUAAUCAGCCUCGCAGAAGUUUGCUUAAUUUAAAUGAAAAACUUAAGGAUGUAAGAAGUAGAAGUAAAAUGAAAAAUAAUUUUAGCUCGAAAAGUAAUAAAUUCAGUGGAAUAAGCACCAAUAAUGCACCACAAGAAAAUAAUAAUAUUAAUGAAUUAAAUAACGAUUGCGAAUAUUUUUUGAAUGAAGAUAAUACUUUAGACAAUUUAGAUAUUACAACAAAAGAAAUUUAUAAUUGGAAUUUAUCAAACUGUGAAUUAUCGAUAUAUAAUAUAAAUUUAUUUAGUUGUAUAUAUUUGAGAAGGUUAAUAAAAGACGGAGAAACAUUGUUAUAUCCAUUAAUAUACAAUUAUAAUAAUUCACACACAUCUAAUUUUUACAACAUUCACAAUUUAGAAAAUCACCAUGAAUAUAAUCAUAACAAUUUAUUUGAAAAAGGAAGUCAAGAAAUAUAUAAUAAUAUAAAAAAUAUAAAUUAUAAAGAUUAUAUUAAUAAUAAUUAUGUUAUUCAAAAGGAAUUAAAAUUUAUUGAUUACAUUAAUAAAUUAUAUAACUUAGAAUGGUUUAACAAGUUUAAUGUUCAUCAUUUGCAUAAUAUUAAUAAAAUUAAUUCAAAUUUUUCUAAUUUUAUUAGUAUUAACAACAAAUUUGGACAUAUUAAAAAAUAUAGUAAUAAAUCUCAUUUAUCAAAUGAAUACAAUGAUAUAAUAUGUUGUUAUGUUCCAAUAUUUCAUAAAAAUGUUUCGUUUUCGUAUAGAAAUAUUUACAAAUUUUUAUUAUUAUCAAGAUAUUAUGAAAACAUUUCGAAUAUAAAUAAGCUACAAAAUAAAUCUGAAAAAUUAAAGCCACUUAAAAAGGGUAAUCAAACAGAGAGAAACCAUAGUAUUCGUACUAAAAACAAAAAAGAAAAUUUCAUAGAAAAUGAAAAAAAUAAAAUGUCUAAAAAUCAACAAUUUACAUAUUUUUCUGAUAAUAAUAAUAAUAACAAUGGUAUAAAUCAUGAAAAUAAUGUUAUGCCAAUGAAAAAAAAAAAGAUAGACAAAUAUGAAAAUUUUAUAACGAAAAAAAAUAUAAAAGAUUCUAAAAUUGUGUAUAAUUUUUCUAAUGAUGAAAAUAAUAAUAUUUUUUAUGAUCAAUGGAAUUUUCAAAAUAAUAAUAAAUGUAAUAUUUUUAAUAAUUAUUUAAUAUAUAAAAAUGAUUUUUUAAAACAGCAUUCUUGGAAAGAUAGUCAUAUUUAUUUAUCAUUAAAUUCUAAUGAUAUUGAUAAAAAAUCUAAAGAAAAUGCUAAAACAUUAAAAUUUUAUAUUAAUAUAUAUUCAUCUACCAUAAAUAUAGACCCUUAUUUCUUGUCUACUUAUAAUUUUUAUCUAUUUAACAAUUUAAAUAAAAGUUUAAUAGUAUAUGAUAUAGAAGAGACAAAAAAAUAUUUUAAUCGAAGAUAUAAAAAAAUUAAGAAUUAUUAUAAUCAAUUUAAGGAAUUAAAUAAUAAUAAUACGAAUAUAAUUGAUAAAUCUGAAGAUGAUAAAUACACUUUGAACAAUUUUACAAAUAUUAUGGAAGUAAAAUAUCCUUUAAAAAAUAUAACCCCCGAUUUUAUAACAAAAGAGAAUAAUAAAAAUAUUGAAAAAGAACAGCAUCAUGAAGAUAAAAAUUUGAUGUCAAACUUUGUUGAGAAUGAUAAGCUAUACAAAUUUAUGAAUGGACUCAGUAAAAUAUCUUCAAAAAUUAAGGAUAAAGUAAAAAAUAAUCAAAUUAUAGUUAAUAUUGAUAUAAAUAAUAUUGAUAUAAAUAUAUUAGAUUGUUCAUAUAUUUAUGACUGUAAUUACUUAUUAAUAGAAUGUGGACAUCCAUUUUAUAAUAAUAAUUAUAUUUAUAUGUCUAAAGAACAAUAUGAAAAAAUAAAAAAAGAAAAAAAUCAUAAUUCUGUUAACGGUUUUGAGUAUAUUGAAGACGAUAUUUUUUCAAACACAAUGAAUAAAUUAAUUUAUACCAGAUUUACAAAUUAUUAUGAUGAUAAUAGUUUUUAUGUUAUGUGCAUUAAUGAGAAAAAUGUAAAGAGAAUAUCUAUUCAACUGUCUUCUAUAGUUUUAUGUAAUAAUAUUAAUAAAUAUCAAAAUUUGAAUGAUGUAUUAAGUAUAAUAAUAUAUAAAUAUAAAAUGAAUUUUUCAACUCUUAAAUUAAACAAAAUAAAAAACCUUUCCAAAAAUUUAGAAUAUGAUUUACAAUAUAUAUUAGAAGAAAUCGAAACUGAUGAUAUGCAUAUAAAGAAAAAAACAAAAAAUCAAAAAAAUGAAAAUGAUAAAACGUAUAAUGUGUGUAAUGGUGAUACAAAUUCAUGUAGUAGUUCAGGAGUUUAUCAAGGUUCUAUUCAAAAAAGAAAUAAAAUGAAAAUAAGGCAUCAAAAAAAUCGCAAAAAAAAAAUAGAUAUAAAUAAUAAAAUUAAGCGUUCAUAUAGUAACAGUAUAUUUUAUAAUGAUAAUCUCAAAAGUGAUCAUAUAAUUAGCAUGUCUGAUUUUUAUAGUAAUAACUUAAAAAAAACAGAUAAGGGUAGUAAUGAAAUUUACUCUUAUUCGUCUUUGACAUAUUCUUCUUUUGAUGAUUUUGAAGAUGCGUCACAUGUUUUAAAUUCUUCUAUGGGAUUUAAUUCAAAAAUAUUAUUUGACAAAAAUGGAAAUAGCAAAAAUUACAAAAAUUACAAAAAUUACAAAAAUAAUAAAGACUAUUUGAAUAGAUAUACCAAAUAUAGAAUGGGAAAAUACAAUAGAAAAAGUGGUAAUUUUUCUGAUAGUAUGUGUAAAAUGAAUUCUAUAUCAAUAAAACAUAAAAUGUUAAAAAAAAUGAAUGAAGGAUCUAAUCAAUCUAGUAGAUCAAACAUAAUUGAACAUUUUCAAAAUGUAACAAAUAGUGGUAGACAUUAUUUGAAACCACAUUUUAAUAAAAAAAAAUAUAUCAAAAAGAAGAAAAAAAUAUUGAAUAAUUAUAUUAAAAAAGUAUAUAAUAAGUUAACUGAAAAUAAUGAAAAUAAUUUAAUUUUUUAUGAAAUUAUUCAAAAUAAUAAAUGGGUUAUUAAUCUUGAAAAUGUGUUUUUUUCCUUACCUUCAUUUAGUAAAGGUUUUAAAUUAUCAUUAUACAUAAAUAAGUUAAUUAUAUAUGAUUACAACCAAAUAAAUAUAUGCAACAAUAUUUUUCAAUAUCGUUUGUUUAUAAAAAAUGAGGCAGAAAAAGAAUAUCUUAAGUUAUGUGAUAAAAUACUAAGUAUAUACAAUUAUUUAUACAAAAAUGAUAAUACGUUUAAAGAUAAUUUGAAUAGAAAUAACUAUUUGCAAAUAAUAGAGAAGGAAAUAUAUAAUAAUCAACUUUACAUAAUAGCAAAUGAAAAUUAUAAAAGUGCUAAUUUAAAUAUAAAUGUGAAAAAUACUAGAUUUACAUUACAUAAUAAAACAAUUAUGAAUUUAAUAAAUUAUUUUACAGAAAUGAUAAGUAGUAUUUUUUCCUUUUUAUAUGUAUAUAUAAUAUAUCCAGAAGUUUAUAUAUCCGAUUUAAUAGAGAUCGCAUCAGGUAUUAACGUAGACAAUUUUCAAAAGGGCUUAUUGUUAUAUAACAAUUUAUUGCGUAAUUAUAUAAAUGUAUCUAAAAACAAACAUCUUGAAAAUAAUAAUAAAUUUGAUUUAUUUUAUAUGAAUUCAAUAAAUAAUGAUAAUAUCGAUGCCCAUAGUAGUGAUAUUAGUCAAAAUGCAUUGAAUGGUCUAUGCCAAAAGAAAGAUUCAAAUAAUUAUUUACAACAUAAAUCACAAACAAAUGAAGAAAAUCAAUUUAUUGAAAAUAAUUUAGACAAUAUAUUCAUAGAAGAGAGUAAAAGUCGAAAUAAGACAAUCAAUUAUGAUAAUCAUUGUAAUAGUAGUAAUAAGAAAGAAAUUAGAGAAUUGUCUGGAAAGGAUAGUGAUAUGAAAUCGCCAUCUACUAUUAAUUGGUUAUCUAAAUUUUUAUUUGCUUAUAAAAAUAAAAUUAAUUAUAAAAAUUUAUUCAUAAACAAAUACGAUUAUCAAAUUAAUAACAAUAAAUGGUUAAAAGAAUUGUCAGAUAAAAAUUAUUAUUUAUUAGCAUUUAUAAAUAGCAAUUUAAUAUUCUUUUUAUAUUUUUAUUCUAAAUAUAAAACAGUUUUAAAUUAUUCGUCGAAUGACGGAACAUUCAUUAAUGAGUGUAAUUAUACGUACCCUAUUAAAAAGAUCGAAUUAAAUAAAUCAUUAGUUAAUAAAAAUAAAAUAUAUGAAGAAAUUUCAAAACAGCGAAAAUUUAUGAUGAGAAAAAAAUCGAAAGUAAAAAAUAAAAACAAGUCAAAUGAAUAUACUAAUAAUACUUAUGGUAGUAAUAGUGGCUACGAUAUUAGUAGAAAACAUAGUGUAAAAGAUCAAAUAAAAGUUAAUGAUUCCAAAAUAAGAGAAAAAAGAAAGAAGGAAAAGAAAAUUCAAAAAAUAGAAAAAUACAAAUCUUAUAUAAAAAAUGAUAACAAUCAUAGUACAAAUUUAUUUAAAUCGUUUAAUACAUAUAAUGCUUAUGAUAGAAAUAUAAAAUUAAAUCGAAAUUGGAAUACUUUACGAAUAAAAGAAACUGAUAAUUUGCACAGCUUAGAAAAGGAAGAUUAUUCUUAUGAAAUGGAUAAAGAAAACCAAAUAAAAAAUAAUAAUAAAAUAACUAGAAAGGAUAUAAACAAUGUUGAUAUUAAAAGUGAAAGAACAGAAAAUUAUAACAGUUUAAAUAAUUUAAAAAAUAACAAAGUGCACAUAAAAUAUUCUUCUAUAGAUUAUGAAAAUCCAAAUAAAAAUAAUCUAAUAAAUACAAAUACGAAUGAUAAUAAAAAAAAAGAAUACAGCGAAAAUGGAAAUGAAGUAAAAGGGUUGUCUAGAAAAAUAAAAACAACGUUUCAGAAAUUGUUUACUAGGAAAUUAUCAUUUACCAAAUUACAUAAAAAUGAAAAUGAUCAAAAAAAAGACAAUAGUGCCACUAAUAUUCUAAAAUCAAAACAUCCAAAUAAAUAUUCCAAAUAUUUUAACACAAAUACGCAAAACGGGGGACUUAAAAAAGGUGAACAAAAUAUGUUAAAUGAGAAUUCAUUUUGCUAUACUAGUAUAGAAAAUUUUCGUAAAAAACAUAUUAAUUUAAAAAUGUCAAUAAACCAUUUUGAAGUUUGGAUAAUUCAGGAUGAUUUAUCAAAAUACAAUGGUGAUAAAGUAAAUGGAAUAAAUAUGAGUUACUUUUUAAAAAAAAAAAAACCAAAAGAUAAAUAUUAUUCUGAUAAAUAUACAGCGAAUUCAAAGUCUGAGCAAUCGAAGGAUGAAAACGAAAAUAAUAAAAAUAUAACUGAUUUAUUACAAAAGGAUAAUUUGAAAAAAAAAAAAAAAAUAACUAUCAAAUCAUACAAUAAUAGAAAUUUAUCACACGACAUAGUACACAAUUCCAAUAAAUCAAAUAUAAAAUCUUUUAGUUCUAGUAACUCAGAACAAAAUUUAAAUACUUUAAAUAUUGUAAAAUUAUAUCGAAAUAAUUUUAAUACAUAUAUGAGCAAAAAUAUUAAUAGACAAGUAUUUUAUAUGGCGAAAAAAGUAAAAUUAUCUAAAUACAAUGAUGAAAAUUUAAAUGAAAAUUCAGUAUGUGAUAAUGUGGGUAAUAUAAAUAGUAUUGAUCAUAAUACAGAUCAUGGAAUAAAUAUUAAUUUUGCAAAAAAUAAUAAAAGAGGAAAUAUCGCUAAUAGAAAAAUUACUAGGACAUUAAGUGAUGAUAAUACAGAGAAAUAUUAUAAUGAAGAUAGUAGUGAAAUUGGUGUAUCUGAUUUGUCCGAUUCAUAUGAUUCUUCAUUAUUGGGAAGCGAAUAUAUAGAUGGAAAUAAAAAAUUCAAAUUAUCUUAUUUAUUAGAAAAAACGAAAAAAUAUAAGAAAAAAGAAAUAAAUUUUGAUGAGUUGUUAGGAAAAGAGAAUGAAAUUUCUAAAUAUUCAUUAAUAAAGAAAAGAAAAAUUGAAUAUUUAAAAUGGAAAAAAAAAAAAAACAUAAGUGACAAUAAUAGAAAUAUAUGUCUAGCUUUAUUAUUUAGCACAACUAUAUAUUUUAGAGAACACAAAAACGCAGAUUCGUUAAAAUUCAGAAUGGAACUAAAUAAUUUUAAUAUAAUGUUAGGUAAAUGUUAUAAUUUUUAUGAAAUACAUAAUAAAUUAAAAUUAUAUAAAGGCAACAACAAUUUGAAUGUCUUUCCAUACAAUUCCAUCGCGCUUGAUUUAAAUUCUCCAACUAAAAGCAGAAUAAGAAAUAGUGUUUACAAAAAUGAAGAAUAUAUAAAUAUAGAGGAUUAUAACUCUGUUAAAAAAAAACUCGAAUAUGGAUUUUAUGAUAAUAGCAAUUUUUAUAAUAUAUAUUAUAACGAAAUGCAAAAUAUAAAAAUUAUAAAAAAAUAUUUAAAACGCAAAAACGAAAUAAAGAAGCAUUACAAUGAUUAUUGCAAUUAUCAACGUGAUGAACAUUAUAAUGAAAUUUAUAAGGAUGAAGUUAAUAGACUUAGAGAAAGGGAAACGAAUCAUCAAGGGAAUUAUUUUAAAAAUAAAAAAAUAUCAUUAGAAAAUAAUGAUUUUAAUUAUGGAUCACAUAUUGUUAAUUAUAAAAAUAGCAAUAUAUACGAUACUAAUAUGGGAUACAUAAAUAAUUCUGAAAAAUCUAGCAUUAAUGAGGAUGAUAAUUAUGGAAUUAUACCAUUUAAAAAUUUUGAUAAAAAUGAAAUGAAAAGAAUUCCUGAAAUGUUUCCUGAUUUGUUGUGUAUGAUAAAUAAUAUGAACAAAAUAUUGUAUAAAGACAGGUAUAAUAUAUUUUUAAAUCAUAACAACAAUAUAUUUAUGCCUAAUAUUAAAGACGAAAAUGAUUGGCUUUUAAAUAUAAACUAUGCAACUUUAAAUAUAAAUUCACAAAGUUUUAAAAAUAUAUUAAAAAUAACUUUUUAUGAUUUGCUAAUAAAUAUUACUAUAGAUAACAUAAAAGAGUUAUAUAAGCUUCAGAAAAAUUUUAUUUAUAAUAUAUAUUUUGCUUCCUUUUAUAAAAAUUAUCUCGCAUUUAUUAAAAACAUACAUAUUGAUCCAUUUGAAGAGAAAAAAAAUAAAUCUAUUAUUCAAAAAUCUAAUAAAAAAUUAUUGAUAAAAAAUCUUUAUUUGAAAAAUGUUUCCACCUUAAAUAAAUUGAACAAACAAAUUGUUCACAAAAAAUUGAAGCUACUAAAAAGGAAGAAAAAGGAAGAGGAAACAGAAAAAAAUAAGACUUCUCCAAAAGACAAUGAAAUAGCAAAUUUUUAUGAAAAUUGUGAACAAAAUAAAUAUAAUAAUGAAUAUAAUAUGUUACUUGAAAAAAGUUGCAAUAGUAUUAAAGAUAAAAAUGAUAAGAAUCUAUUAAAUAGAUAUGAUAAUGAUUAUGACAAAGUAGAAGAUGGUAUAUAUGAUGUAAGUGGGCGAAAAAAUAAAAAUGAUAAAAAAUCAAUAAUGUUUAGCAACGAUAUUGAGACAUUCAACGAAGACAAAUGUAAAAAUGUGUAUGAUGAAGAUUCAGGAAAAUACACAUUUAACGGAAAUUUACACAAUUUAAUAAAAGAAAAAACAAUAUUUGUUCAUAGUGUAAAUGAUAAUAAAUAUAUUGAAGAUAGAUUAAAUAUUACAUAUAAUGUUAGGAAAAAUAUUUUAGCGCAAAAUUAUAAUAUAUAUUUAAAAUUAGUUGAUAGUUAUAAUAAAUUACAAGAACUAAUAAAUAUAGAAAAUAUGAAUACAAAAUACAUUGAUAUUAUUCAAAGUUUAAAAGAAAAAUAUGUUUAUAUUGAAAUGUAUAAGGAAAAUUUAUAUUAUUUAUAUAAUCAUUUGUAUGCUAUAAUUACGGAUAUUAAUAAUGAAAAAAAUAUUAUAUGUCGUGGUUUAAUUUUCUUAAAAAUGUUAAAUUGUUUUUAUGCAUAUAAUAAUAAAUAUGUAGACAAUUUAUUUUAUUAUUUAUUAAUAUAUUCAAAAUACAACAAAUUCCCAUAUUAUUUAUGUAAUAUACAAAAAUAUUUUGACUACAAAUAUUUUCGAUACUUUACGGAUGAAAUAUGUAAUACAAAUAUUUAUGAAUAUUUUAAUAGCAUUAAUAAUAUGAAUUAUAAUAACAAAGGAAGAAGUACAUAUAAUUGCAAAUAUGUUUCAUUUAAAAACGGUUCUACUGAAAAUAAUAUUUUCGAUCUAAAUAAAAAUAGUAGUAAUAAAAUUAUAAAUGAAAAUAUGUACUUACAAAAAGAAAUUAAAAAAACUAUUAAAAAAGAAGAAGAGGUUAAAGAAAAUAGUUCAUCACAAAAAAAUAUAUCAAGUUUUGUUGUAUCAUUAUUGUAUUGCUUGUAUAAACCAUAUUUAUACAAAACUGGAAAAGGAAAAUAUGGUGUUAUUACUAAAAAUAGACAAGAUAAAAAGGGUUUUCUGAAAAAUCAACCUUCAUUGGAAAUGAAUAAUAAUGUAUUUAAAGAUAAAGGGGAAUUUAAAAUAAAAAAUAAGUACUUAAUUAAAAAUGGUAAUUAUAGUGGGUUGGUUUACAAUGGUGAGGAAGAUAGUGAAACAACAAAUUCGUUAAUUUCCACAGAUUUAGAAUUAAGCAACGAAAAUUAUCAAGAUAAAGAAAUUGAACAAAUUAAUAAUGUUAGGCAAUCAAAUAAAAAUGAAAUAUCUAUGAGUUUAGAAAAAAUUGAAUCGAAUAGCUCUAAAAAUUUGAAUAAAACCGAUGGUAUUAAACAAAGAAAACAUUAUUUAUGUAAUAAAAGAGGAAAGAAAAUAAAAAUUCAAUUUUGUGUAAAUAAUAUAUGUCUAAAGACACGACAAUUAAAUAAUGAACACAUAUUAACAUUAAAUAUAUAUGAUUUAAAUUACUAUUUAUAUACCUAUCUUUAUAAAUAUACUUUUUUUUUCUACAAUUAUAAUGAGCAUGUGAGCUUUUAUCUAAAUAAAAAUGUCAAAGAAAUACAAUUUGAAGGGAUGUAUCCUUUGGAAGAUGAAAAUAAAAUAAACAAAAAUAGAAAUAAAAAUAUUUGUAUAGAUACUAUAUGGUAUGAAUAUUCAGGUUCAGAUAUGAAUAAUAAUAUUGUUAAUUAUAAUAAAAUGAUAAAGGAUGAAAUUCAAAAAAAAAAAGAAAAAAAAAAAUCUAAACAAAAAAGAAAAAUGAUAAGAAAUAACAAAAAGACAAAUUUUAUAAAAAUGGAAUUAACAUUUAAAACAAGUCUAAGCACAUACGACAAUAUGUAUAAUGUACAUGAUAAUAUAAUAAAUCCAAUUACAAUGACAUUAUUAAUAAAUGAAGAAUUCAAGCAUUUUCCUAUUUUACAUGUAAAUUUUUAUUCAACCAGUAUAAAUUUAAAUAUAACAACGUCCUUUUUAUAUUUAUAUAAAUAUUUAUAUUACAACUUAAAUUUUAAAAAUGAUGUGAAUGAAGUUAAAAAUUCGAAUAUAGAAAUUUAUAAUGAUCUGCAUUCAGAAAUUAUAAUUUUUUAUAAAACAAGAAUAAAAAAUAAUAAAUACACAUGGAAAUUAAAUAUUAUUAACAAAAAUGAAUAUCAUAAAUUUCCAUGUGAGUGUUUAUACUUUUGUAUUAAUAAAAAGAAAGGAAAUAAAGAUGUGAAUUCAGAAUAUUUUAGAAAUAAUAAAAACGCAGAUGAUUUUAUAAUAGCAAAUGAAAAUGAUUUAACUAAUGUAUUUAAAGAUAUUAGUCAAUUAGGUUUUAAAGAACAACAUAUAUAUAACGCUAUAGCUAAGGAAGAAAAAAAAUUAUUAUAUGAUAAUACUCAAAAUGUUUAUGACAUUUUAUAUCAGUUUUCUCAUAAAAUGCCUUUUUUAUUUAGAAAUUUGAACUAUGAUAAUAAAAUUAUAAAUAUUAUUAAAAAACAAUCAUCAUGGAUAUAUAUAGGAGUUCUAUAUACUGAUGAUUUAUAUUCUCGAGCUUAUAAAGUUCCAAAUGUUAAACACAAAUUGCUAGUCGAACCAGAGAUAAUACGGAAUACUUGGUGUCUUUCAAUUGGUACAUGCAUACAGAUAGAAAAUAAUACAGGACUAUGUUUCCGAAUUUACAAAGAAGGUAAAACAAAAUAUUUUUCUAGGGUUAACUUUAAAUGGAAAUUAAGAAGAAAUAAAAAAGUGGGAGGAAAUGAAUUAAGAUGGGGAGGAUCUGAGUGUGAUUUUGAAAAUACCCAAUUUGGGGAAAAGAAAAAAAAUAGUAAAUUCAAAAAAAAUGAGAAUUAUAGUAAUAAAAGUAUGAAUAAAUUUGUUAUACAACGUGAGAAGAGGAAAAAAAAAGAGAAAAAAUUAAAAAAUGGAGAUUAUAUUAAUGUAUUACCAUUCAGUAAAAGAGCUAUUCCAUUAUUUUGGCUAUAUGACUGUUCUUUGCCUUAUAUUAAAAUAUUGAGAAAAAAAGAAAAGAAUUAUAAUAGUAAAAAUAUAAAGAAUAAUAUUAAUGAAGAAAAUAUAGACAUAGAAUCUGUACCAUUUCAUAUACUAUAUAAAUUAUUAAAUAAAUACUCGCUAAAUAAUAACAAUUUAUAUCAAAAAAAAUUAAAUAUAUCUCCAUCAGAUUUAGUUUUUAAAAGUUUAUUAAUGUUUUAUUGCUAUGUUAAGGUAAAAGAUGUACCUACUCAACAUAUAAAAGAAACAUCAUAUAGUUAUUCGGUUGUAAUAGAACCAAUGGUUACAAUUAAAAACAAUUUACCAAAUCCUAUGACAAUUAUAAUAUCUUGGAAAAAAGAAAAAAAUAUAUUUAAUAUUAACAAAAAUGUGUAUCAAAAAAAACUAAUGUCUAAAUACAAUUAUGAAACUAAUGAUGAUAUAACAAAAAUAUUAAAAAAAGAAAAAUUAUAUGCUUUAGUUUUACCUCAUCAUUAUUGGUGUCUUCCUAUAUGUACACAAUUAUUUUACAUGAAAAUAUUUUAUCAUGGUGUGCAGAUAGAAAAAAUGAAUUUUAUUUGUGAUUAUACUAAUCAAGUAAAAACAUAUUUUGAUUAUUCUAAUAUUAAGCUACCUGAUUUAAUGGAAGGGCUUUAUAGUAAUAAUAUUAAAAAUAGAAUUAACUCAGAAAAUCAUGAUAAGGAAGUUUACUAUAAAAAAGGAAAUACAAAAAGUGCAAAUAAUAAUUCUGGUCUUAACGUUGUAACUGACUAUAACAAUAAUCGAAAUAAUGAUGUACAGAAUAAAAAUAGACUUGAUAAUUCGGGUGAAGAAAAUUAUACUAUGCAUAAUGAUGAAGAUAUGAAAAGAAAUAUAAAUUAUUUGCAAUACAAAAAGACAAAUUAUCAAUCUAACAUAGCUAGGAACAGCAUUUUAAUGCAUUAUAAAAUAAUAAAUGAUUUCGAAAAUGGUGAAAAUAAAAAUGAUAAAAAUUAUUCUAGUGAUAGUGUCAAUAGUGAAUAUGGAACAAAUUUAUAUGAUAAUAUAAAAAAUAUACAAAUGUUUGAUUGUAAUGAUGAAAUAAAUAAUAAUAAUAACUUUUUAUAUGCGACUGAACAAUUUUUCCCUAUAUACAUGCCUAGUACGGAUACUAUUACUUCAACAAAAGUCUUAUUUCAUAAAUAUGGUUUAAUUGGAAAUAUAUUUACAUAUGAUGAAUUAAAGUUUAUAUAUUUUGAAAAUAAGAUAAGCCACAUGAAUAAAAAAAUAUAUGAUAAUCUUCAUGUUUUUAAAACAAUAAAUAUAUCGACUGACAUGUCUAGAAGAAAAAUUGAUUUUUAUUUCCCAUUUUUCUUUGAAAAUACUACAAAUGUAUGUAUAUGUUUAAAUAACAAAUUAUUACCACCUAAUAGCCGUUUAUAUAUGACUGAAGAAGAGGCAAAAAAUAUUCGUAUAAAAUCUUAUAAACAUGAUAAUAUAAAUAAUAAAAUAUUAUGCAGCAAUGUUAGUGGUAAGAUUGAUUGCACCAAAACUAAUGUGACAAGACCUUUGAUCAAUUUAAUAUAUAGAAAAAUUAACCGUAAACAAAAGGUAAGAUUUUGGGGAAAGUAUGAGCAAAUACGAAAAAGUUAUGAAAACGUUAUUAAUUUAAAAAACCAAAAAGAAAUAGUGCAAAAUGUUAUAGAUAAAAGUGACAAAACAAAAUACGAAAUAAAGAUAUUAGAAUAUAUAAAAAAACAGAAUAUUGAACAUAAUCAGGAAACAAAUACGGAAAAUAAUUUUGUUAAUACAAAUUCUAGCAUGCUAAAUGAUUCUAAGGAAAUCAACACACUAGAUAAAAGAAACGAAAGUGAUAUCAUUGACAAAGAAAUCGAAUGCGCUACAAAUGAUGAAAAAAGCAAUGAUAAGGAAAUAAAAGAUAAGAGUGAUAAUAUAGAAAAUAUUUACUUAGAUAAAAAUUAUGAUGCCGAAAUUCCUUUAGAACAUUUACAAGAUUCAUUCUUUAAUUCGAAUGAUAAGAAAGAUGUAUAUAAUCUUCGAGAUUCUAAUUUCUCAGACAUUUCAGAGGAUACAAAUAGAAGCAUAGAAAAAAACAACGAAACAAAAAAUAAAUCCAAAAAAAAUAAGCGUUAUAUAAAUCCAUUUAAAACAAUUAUGAUAACUAAAAAAAUAUUAUUUGCAGGUAAAAAAGCGAAAAAAACAAAUGAAAGCGUAGAAGAAUCAAAUCCAUUAGAUAAAAUUAAAAAAAAAAAAAGAUUUACAUUAUUUAAAAUGAAAACAUUAAAAAAAAAUAAAGCAAAUGACGAACCAAAUGAUGAGUUUAUAGACGAUUUUGCAGAACAAGACUUAUAUGAAAGAAAUGAUGAAGAUUUGGAAGAUAGUGAUUAUGAUUACGAUAACACAAUUAAAAAAAAAAAUGAAGAAGAAAAUGUGAAAGAAAACGGAGAGGAAAGAAUAACACCAAAAAAAAAAAAAAAAAAAUAUAAAAUAAGUAAUAUGAAGAAAUAUAAAAUUAUAAUGAAUAAAAAAAGGAAAAAUAAAAAAAGAAGCAUAAUUUACAAUAAACAACAUAAAGACAAAUCUUUUAAUGUAGAAAACAAUAGUUAUAAAAGUGAAAUAAUAGGAUCAUUCAUUUUUGAGAACGAAAAGGAUUAUGAUAAUUUCCAAACGUCCGGUUUUAAAUAUAGUAUAUCAAACUUGUUCAAAGAAAAGAACGAUAUUAUAAACGAUGAGGAAUAUGAUGAAGAACGAAAUGCAGAGGAAAAAGAAAAUAGCGAAAAAGGUGAUGAAAAGGAUGAAAAUAAAUAUAUGAUAAAUGGCAUGAGGAGGAUAAAAAACCUUAAGCGUAACACACUUUUAAAGUUUAAUAUGAUGAAAAGAAAAUUUAAAAAUAGAAAGAUUCUAUGGAAAAAAGGUGAAACAUAUAAGAGCCAAAUUGAAAAUAUGGAAAGUGGUUACGAAAAAAAAAAUACCAUUGAAAAAAAAUCAAUAAAGGAAAAGUUUAAAUUUUCAUCCCCGUUUAGUAUAAAUAAAAAGAAAAACUGGAAUACUAAUAAUACAUAUAGUAAAAAUUAUGAUACUUCAUUAAAUAAUAAUGAUAUGCAAUUGAGCAAAAUAGAUCGUUCUAAUAGUAUACUAUCCAGAAAGUUGACGGAUAGUAGUAAUAAUUUUAAUAAAGGGGAUGAAAAUGAAACAAAGUUUGCUUUAAAUAAAAAUAAUAGACGUAAUGAAAUAUCACGUGUUAAAUUUGAGGAUAGUGAAUUAAACAAUAGUUGGAAUAAAAAAGAAGAGUUAGAAAAAUGGAUAGAUAAAAAGAAUUCAAAAAAUAAUAAUGAAAAUGUAGAUAUUUCUCAUAAUAAUGAUUGGUCACAAAUAACUAGUGGGAAAAUACCAUUUAGAUAUAUAGAUCGAAAUAAAUCAGAAAGAAAAAGGUUUAAAAAACAAAAUGAUUAUUAUGAGGAUGGGUUUACUUCUUUGGGAAUUUGUGUAAGAUAUGCAGAAGAGCCUUUUAAUAAAUCAAGAAUUGUUACAUUUGUUAAUAGUUAUAUUUUUAUAAAUAGGUUGCCAUUUGAUAUUAAAAUAGUGGCAGCUAAUCCUAGAGGAAGAAAUGAUAUUUAUAUAAAUUCAAAUACACAGAAUGAAACCGAAACAAAACAUUCCAUAAAAAAUAUGGAGAUAUCAAAUAUAAAAACCAGCAACUAUAAUAUUACCAAUUCUAACACAGUGUAUGAUAAUAACUCAAAAAUCAAUAGCAUCAAUGAGUUAGUAGACAAAGAUUUAUAUUCUAAUAAUUCCAAUAAUAUUAAAAAUAAGGAUAAUAAUUUGUGUGUAAAUGUGAAUGAGCAAAAUUUACAUACAAGUUCGUGGAAAGUUGAAGGUAAAUUUAAAAAUGAUAUGAAUUAUCAAAAUGGGAAUUAUCAAAAUGGAAAUAAAGUUUUUAGCAAAAACAGCAAAACCGAUUUUUCAGAAGAUGGAACGAUGAAAGAAAAACACAUAAGUAAUGAUAAUACUAAGAAUUUGGCAACUUUGGAAAUUAUUGGUGAUGAUAAAAGUAAAGAAAUUGAUAAUUAUAAGGAUGGCCAAUAUAGUAAUAAAUCAUUAGUAAUUUCAAAUAAUGAAACAUAUAUAAAGAGUGGAGAAAUAUCUUCAUUUCAUUAUCAUAGAAAUUAUUUACAAAUAAAGGACAGUUAUAAUCGUUAUAGUUCUUUACCAUUUUCCUUAAUUCCCAAAAAUGUUCCUGCGAAUUUUCAAAUAGAAUUACAUAAUAUAAAUAAAUCACAAUUAGACAACACAAAUAAUUUAUUAGUAGAAGUAAAUGUUUGUAGUGGUUUAUUCGGAGAUAAACAACAAUUACCUUAUACUUAUAAUGGAUAUUUUUAUAUUCUUAGUUUACCAGUUAGACCACAAUUUGAGAUAAUAAAUACUACUAAAUAUAUGAUAGCAUACUUAACACAUGUCAAUAGAUAUACAAAAAAAUUACAUUUGAAUAAUAAUUAUGAUACAUAUUUAAAUAAAAAAAAUAAAAAUAGUGAUUUAUCUGUAAAAAUUAUUUAUCCAUAUCGAUCUACUUAUUAUACUUUACGUCAUAAUAAUGAAAUCGAAUCUUCAAAAAUUGCUCUUAAAGUUGUAGGAGUUCAAAAAAGUGUCUGGACUGUUAAUCCUAUUAACUCAUUUAUAGAUAAUGUAAUUUCAUUGCCAUAUAAAAUAUACGAAAGUAAUGAAUCGAGUUUUAUAUAUUCUCGAAAAAAUAAAUAUUCUGAUAUUAAUAGUGUUAAGAAAUCUACGAAUGAAUUACAAUCGGAUUAUUUUUAUGAUAAUCUCAGUAAUUUUCAUUUAAAUGCAACGAGCCAAGCUAAUAUGAAAAAUGAUGAUAAUACUACUAAUAAAGAUAAUGGUUUGAUUAAGAAUAUUGAUAAUUCUAGAACCACUAAAGAAUGUGUUAAUAAUAAUGAGGAAGUUAUUAAAAGUAUAAAUAUUGAUGGUGAUAAUAAUUAUAACAGAAAGACAGGUCAUAAUAGUAAUGAAAAUGAUAUUUUGAAAAAUUAUAUUUCAAACUCAUACAAUAGAUUUAAUGAAAAUAUAGAAAAAUGUGAUGGUAUGGAUCAAAUUCAGAAUUCAGGGCAUAAUACAAACGAAAUAAAUUACAAGAGAUUUUAUUAUAAAAAAGAUAGUAACGCCGUAAAUCAUAAAAUGUUAUCCAAAAAAUUGUAUUCAUUUUUGAUUAUAAGAGAUAAUGGAAGUAGAGCUAUUGUUAUAACAGAAAAUUAUAAGUUAGCUAAAAAAAUAGUAAGCACAAAAAACUUUAGCAAAAUACACAAAUUAAUCGAAUUAAAUAAUAGGAAGAAAAUAUUGCUGUCUAAUAAAAAUGGUAGUACUAAUAAGAAAAAAAAAUAUAUUAUGGAUUAUAAAAAAAUGAAUUUUGUAUAUUUUAAUUUUCCAAAUAUUCCUAUCAUAUAUAAUAUAAGUAUUCCUAGGUUAACUAUUACUUGGAUACAUAGGCAAGACGUAAUAAUAGCUAUGCAUUUGACAAAAAUAAAAUAUAGUAGUCAUAUAUAUCGAAAAGAAAUUAUGAACAGUAAUAUAAAUAAAAUGUUUACACCAAUAAAUAUUUUACAAAGAAAGGAGCUAGAAGAAUAUUUUCAACUUGGUUUUUUAAAUAGUCAUAUAGAUUCGAUCUUUAUAAUAAAAAAUAUACAUAUUGAUCAUUUCGUAAAAGGAGAUAUUCCAGUUAUAUUAAAAAAUACAAAUAUAGAAGACAAUGAAGAUGUAUUUUUAUAUAUGCAAAUGCAACAAUAUUGUGUAGAUUCACAUAAGCAAGCACCAAUUUAUCAAAGUAUUAAUAUUAAAAUAUCUCCAUUAAAUGCUAAUAUUGAAUUAUUAGUUAUAGAACAAAUAAUAAGAAUAAUAGAAAAAGAAAAACAAUUAUUACUUUUAUACGAAAAGGAAUAUAAAUUAUUACCACCUCUCAUAUCUACAUCAGAAAAUGCUAAAGAUGCGAUUGGAACGACUUUGAAAAUAUAUUCUGAUAAAAACUUUUUAAAAUUAUUAUAUAUGAAUGAUAAUAUAAAGAAUAACGAGGAAAAUUAUUUAUCAUCUUUAAAUAAUAACAAAACAACAAAUAAUAGUAUAAUUAUGAAUAAAUUAAACCAAGAUAAAAAUAAUUACACAGUUUUAGUGCGAAAUAAAAAGAUAACAGAAAAUAACGAAGCAGACAUAAAAGCGAAUAUAUAUUCCUAUUAUUUUAGUUCACCUAAAGAAAAAAUGUUAAAAAAAAAUAAUAUAACACAUUUUAAUAAUACGUCAGAAAACAUCGAUUCAGAUGAUUCAACAAAUAGUUCUAAUCAUAUUAAUUCACAAGAAAAUAACAAAAGUAAAUAUAAUAAUGCAUUAUAUAAAAAACAUUGCAAAGCAUUAUUAGGGUAUUAUAAAUAUAAAAAAAUCCACAACUUAAUUAAUAAUACAUAUUAUAAUAUAAAUAAUAUAAGUGAUGAACGAUUAUUACCUAUAAAAAUUCAAUAUUUCAAAAACCAACAAAUUUUUAUGAAUACCUUUUCAUCACAUUUAUUUUUACAUCCUAAUCCAAGAUGGGUAGAUAAUAAAAUAAGUAAGCCGGUAUAUAUAAAAGAACUUAAAAUACACCCCAUAGAAAUAAUUGCUUCAAUUAGAACAUCAGAGCAUCGAAUAUCUCGAAGAAUAUUACAUAUUGUGGAUGCAUUACCAUUAGAUACACCUUCUAUGUGUAUACAUUUAAUAUCCCAAAAAAGAAGCUAUCUGGUUUGUACAUGGGAUAGCCUUAUUCAAUCAUUAAAGGUAACAUAUUUUAGACAACUUUUAAGGCAAUCAUUACCUAGUGCAUGGUUAUCUAACCCGUUUGCAUUUAUUAAAGGAUUUAUUAAAGGGUUAUAUGCUUUAUUUAAAGAAACAAUAAGAGGAGUUAAAAAUAGUUCCAAUUUUUUUGAUGGAUUUAUGUCGGGUUUUAAAUGUGGUAUAAUCAUAUUAGUUGUCAAUACUAUUGGUGGUUUAUUUCAAUCAUUAAGUCAUAUGCUAAAUGUAUGUCAUAAAAUAAUGGGAGGUUCUAGGCCAAGACCACCAAGUAUUUUAGAUUCUGUAAUACUAGGAUUGGAUGGAUUGAUUCUUGAUACAUUUUAUAGGCCUUGGGUUUCAUUAUUUACUGAACCACAAGUUUCUAUUAAUAAAGGAAAUAGCACAUUAAAGACAAUAUGCAUCGUAAUAGUUUGUAUUCUUAGAUGUAUAUUUUCACCCAUUUUUGGAUUAUUAAAUUUGUUUGCAUCUAUAACUGAAGGAUUUGCAAACACAUUAAUAGGAGAUUUCGAAAGAUUUUCUAGGAUACAAGAACGAACAGAAUUUGAGACAGAAAAAGGCCCGACACGAGUAGGAAUUAUGCGAAAGAAAAAAAGUAUGAAGAAGCAUAGAAAAUAA